GGAACGAUUAUUCGAUCACCAACCACGCAGGAGUCGUAGAUCCGUUUGGGAGGAUCUUAUUGUCGAUCGGGGGUACAGGCUUGAUUUGGAUCGUCGUGCGAUUUUCUGCGAGCUAAAUACUUCUCGUCGACUUCCCGAUGAAUGCGAGCAGCGUGCUUCCGAUCGACAGGAUGUCGAACAUCUACAACAACUCGGUCGUUCGGUUCUACGACCACGUCUUCCACGAUCUUUCCGAUCCGCGAACGAAAGACUGGUUCCUUAUACGAUCGCCAGUGCCCGGUGCCACUCUUCUGAUCGGCUACCUGUACUUCUGUCUGUCGUGGGGACCGCGGCAAAUGGAACACCGGAAACCGUACCAGUUAAAAAACAUUCUCGUCGUCUACAACUUCUUGCAAGUCCUGCUCAGCUGUUGGCUGUUCUACGAGGGCCUGGACGGGGCCUGGCUCAGAAACUACAACUGGAAGUGCCAAUCUGUCGACUUCUCCACUUCGCCGGAAGCGCUCAGAGUUGCCAGAGGCGUCUACGUUUACUUUCUGGCGAAGAUUUCCGAGCUCCUGGACACGGUAUUCUUCGUCCUCCGGAAGAAAGAUAGCCAAAUCACGUUCCUCCAUCUCUACCACCAUACCGUGAUGCCAAUGGUUUCUUGGGGCGCGACCAAAUACUAUCCAGGAGGUCAUGGCAUCUUUAUAGGUGUCAUCAACAGUUUCGUGCACAUCAUCAUGUACACGUAUUAUCUGCUAGCUGCUCUACUACCUCAGUACCAGAAGUACCUGUGGUGGAAGAAGUACAUCACGACGCUUCAAAUGGGUCAAUUUUGCCUGGCGUUCCUGCACAGCUGCCAAUUGCUGUUCUACGACUGUAAUUACCCGAAAUGGUCGUUGAUCCUGAUCCUCCCCAACGUGAUGUUCUUUUACUUCCUCUUCGCUGAUUUCUACACCAACGCUUACAAGCGUGGCGAGAAGAAGGCGAGGUCGAAAGAGGGCAACGAGAACGGGAUCCCGAAGCAAAUGACGAACGGGAACGCGCAGAACGGAAAGGGGAAGGCGGAUUAGCCUGGAACCGGAUGGAACAAGACAGGAUGCUCGCGAGUUGCCAUUGGUUUUCCGUUCAACGCGUGGAAAAGAAAAUGCAUUCGAUAGACUGUACGGAACGGAAAGUACGAUCGUGCCACGACAAUUGAAAUCUUUGACGAGUUUUUCUGAUCCCCUAUUCAGGAGUAUCGAAUGGACAGCACCCUGGUGGUGAACAGUAAGCGUUGAGACGUAUUUGCUCACGAGGGUCAAUCGUUUUUUAUAGGUCGAGGAACAUCAG